AUUGACCUCAAUACCACGAUAUGCCUAAAGGACGUGCUGUGCCGAACUUGGUCGGCCAAACCAUCGACGCUGGGCGUCUCUCUAUCAUCGAGGUCCUCGGCGCCGGUUCGAACGGUGUUGUCUUCCUAGCGGAAGACACCGCAUCCCCAUCGACACACACACAUUAUUACGCCGUCAAGUGUAUGCCCAAGGCGCUUUUCGGCACGCGGAGAUUCAGGAAUCAGCGCCAGGAGAUCCAGAAUCAUAUGGCGGCAUCCACCAUCCCAAACGUCGUCACUCUACACCGUGUCAUCGAGGACCACAGAUUCUAUUACCUCGUCAUGGACUACUACCCUGCAGGCGAUCUGUUUCACUACCUCGCAAGGGGUGGUAUCGCUCGCGGAGACGACACUCGCAUCAAAAGAAUCAUGGUUCAGAUCAUCGACGCGGUGCGAGAAUGCCACCACAUCGGCAUCUUCCAUCGAGAUAUCAAACCAGAGAACAUCAUGAUUAACACCGACGGAACUCGGGUCUACCUCAGUGACUUCGGGCUGUCGACUACGCAGAGAUACAGCACGACGUUCGGCUGUGGAAGCCAGUACUACAUGAGCCCAGAAUGUCUGGGCAAGCUUGGUGUUGACCCAGCGUACUCCACGCGCACCAAUGAUGUGUGGGCGCUGGGUAUCAUUCUUACCGCCAUGAUCACCGGACACAACCCAUGGCAUCAGGCGUCCUACUUCGACGCAUGCUACCGCGCCUACAUCGAAGAUCCUAUGUUCCUCCGCAACACCUUGCCCAUCUCUGACGAGGUGAACGAUGUCCUGAAGCGCAUCUUCUCUCCGUCUCCCAACCGUAUCACCCUUGAGUUCCUGCGCCUCCAAAUCCUCUCGAUCGACAAGUUUUACGAGCUGUUCAAGCCAGCGCCGCCUCGCCGCCGCUCGUUCUUCCGGAGGAGGCGACACCCUCAGAGACGCGAGUCAUCGCCCCAGCCCCCCAACUACAUCGAGCCACCCACAUAUGAACCAGCCGUCGUGGUAGUUCCGCGCUCGCAGCGAACGAGCCAGGACGUCGUAUCGGCGUCGGAUACCGAUAGCCAUGGGCCAAGGACGCCGGAUCGGACAGAGGAGCUGCACGACAUUCCCCCAAUGUCCGAGCUGCCUGAUUAUGACAGCUUGGGCCGCAGUGAUAUACUUGUAGCAGCGGAGAAUGGACAGGCAGGGCCGCCGCGUGGUUUCUUCAAGCGGAUGGCGGGGAGACUGUAUAUGUAAUACUUUUGCUAUACAAAUCUGAGAUAUGUAAUCUUGCGCACACGGUAACCUGGUUGUGUAGGCGUUCAAUGAAGACUUGAGUACUCGCUAAGUAGUAAGUACACGCUGCACUUCAAGGAGUUGAGGAGUCAGGACCCUGAGGUCGACGCCACAAACGCGUGCCGACUCUCCAAUUAUACACGUGAUACAGCCGCGCACUUCAAGCUGCAUAAGCGACCAAACUGCUUCCUGAGUCUUGAGG